CUCAGGGAGUCUAUAACACGAAAUCCAACAAGUCGAAACAAGCUCACCGGUUACUUUUAGCUGGUUCCACUCGACAGUCGUCUGUCUCUCGCCGACAGCAUUUAUUCGUUUUUUAUUUUUUUUUUUUACUCUCUGUUUACCAUUGUAAACAUUUUUUUAUAAAAUCUCGCGUUCCCACGUUCUAUCCACGCUACAAUUAUAUCUAAGAAAAAAUAAAAGACAAAAAUUAAAUUAUUCAUAUUUUUAUUCGUGUGUGUUUUUUUUUUCAUCAAAUUUUAUACAUUCUCAAGUGCCGAAUUUUAAAAUUUGUUCUUCCAUAAAAUUUUGUUAGUGGAGCAACAUAUCCCACGUGCUCAAAAAUAAUUUAAACAAAGUGUUUAUUAAAGUGAAAAAAGAGUGCUUUAAUAUUAAAUAUUUCCAAAAAGAAAAAAAAAAUGUUUAGUGUUUGUUAAAGUUAAAGCAAAGCAAAGCAAAGUGAAAUAUUUUUAAAAUGGCAUCAUCAGUGAUAACACCAUUUUUAAUAUUAUUAUUUAUAAAAACAGUAUUAACAAUACACUUGUCACCACAUGACAAUGGACUGGAGUACUAUUGUUCAUUAAAUAAAUUUGAAAAUAGUCAUCCAGGGUUGCAAUUCACCAAGGAAAUUGUAACAACUGAAUAUGCAAAUUUUGGAUCAUUCAAAGCUCUACAUUGUUGUAUAAGUGGAUACCGCAGUAUUGAAUGGUACAAAGAUGACAAGGCAUAUCCAUGGCCCAGAGCUGUUAGUAAUUUUAUAUUAUAUCCAGAGAGUAAAAAUCAAACAAUUUAUACACACGUUGCUGGACCAGAAGAUGCCGGUAAAUUUUCAUGUCGUGCAAGAAAUGACACGAAUACUCUUAUUGCUGAUAUUACACUUGGAAUUGUUGGUGAAUCAUCAAGAGAUAUAUCAAGUGGCUAUACUGGAAAACCUCUAUUAACAUACAAACCAAAAUCUCAAAUAAUAUCAUUUGGAUCAGAAGCUAGAUUUUAUUGCGAGGCAUACUUGGGUCAUGUUGACUUGCCUGAUGCCAAAAAUACAGUAACAUGGCUAAAAGGAAACACCAAUGAAAGUAUUCCAAAUGAUGGACGUCUACGACAAACCCAAGUAUCCAGAGAGGAUAAUCAAAUUGUUGGCUCAUAUUUUCAUAUUGAUUUUACAAUAAAUUCAGAUUAUGGACUUUAUAGAUGCAAAAUAAGCAAUGGUGCUGAUGAAGAAAUAAUAAUACCAGUUUAUAUUUAUCCACAAGAUGAUUUUUUGAGAAAUGGAUCAUGGACAAAAGCCUUAUUAUUUGCAAUUAUAAUAUUGUUGGUUAUUGUCUUGGUAUUAUCAUCUUAUCACAGAUUUUUCUUACCAAUCUUUGUCAUUUUACGUAACAGGUUUUCUCAUCUCGAAGAAAAAGAUGGUAAAAUAUUUGAUGCAUUAAUAUGCUACAAUGAAAAAGAUUCAAGUCUAGUAUUUGAUAAAUUAUCAAGUGUUUUACAAAAUAAAUAUGGAUAUGAAAUAAAAACACUUGAAAUAUCAAAUAUAAAUACAGAAUGGUCAAUUGAAUUAAAAUCCCAUACAUCAACAACAAGAAGAAUAAUAAUAGUAAUGAGUUCAAAUUUAAUAAAUAAUACAUGGACAGCGCCAAACAUAAUAUCAUCAUUCAAAAAAUUAUCAUCAUUAUCAACAAACACAAUUGUACUAUGCCUUGAAGAUUUACCAAAUCAAUUAUUAUUAACAAAAACAUUUAAUAAUUUUAUAUUAUCACGUACUACUGAUGAUUUUAAUUUCGAUAAUAUAAAUGUACUGAGAUGGAAACACGAUAGUAAUGAUGAUAUAGUUAAAUUAUUUUAUUGGAAAUUACGUUAUUUAAUGCCUGCUAAAAAAACAACUCAUAAUAAUGAUAAAAAUUCAACUGAAAUGACAACAACAAGUGUUACAAAUGUCAGAGAAACAAUUGAAUCAAAUAAUAUGUCGCAAAAAAAUAUUAACGUAUAUGUUUAGGUGUCUAGUUUAUUUUUUAUUUUUUUCUUUUUUAAAAUAUUAUUUCUUUUUUUUUUUAAAUAUAAAUAUGGAUAUAUUGAUAUAUUUAAAUAUUUAUAUUCUUGUGAUAUGUUGAGUCUCAAUUUUUUUUUUUUUACUUACUUUAUAUUUUAAAUUGUAAAAAAAAAAUAAUAUGAGACAAUAUUAUCUCAAUACAUUCCAAGAAAUAGUGAGAUAAAAAUAAAACUAAAUUUUGCUGGAAAAAAAAUUUAUAUAUUUAUGUCAGAUAAAGUUGAUUUAUCUGAAAUUUAAAGUAAAAAAAAUUAAGCAAAGUUUGAUAAAAAAAAGAAAAGAAUACGAUUAUAUUUAAGACAAUUUUUUCAAUGUUUAAGUUAAAAUUAUUAAUUGUAAUAUAUUUAAUUGAAAAAUAAUGCAAAUUUAUCAAUUAAAUAUUUGAAAAAUUAAUUAGUUUUCCAUUGUUAAAUAUGGUUAAUUGAAUUAUUAUUUUUUAUUUCAUGUAAAUAUUGAAAUCGAGAUUUAAAAUUAACGAGAAACAUAAACAAAAUAUCUCGAUUUAUUAAUUAUUUAUUUAGAUAAAAUAUCGUUAUUUAUUUUAUCUCGAAAAACAUAGUUGUAAGUAUUUUUUUUUAACAAGAUAAAAGUCAUACGAGACAGUGCUAAAAUUUCAAAAAGUCAUAAUUUUAUUUUACUAUUGUAAUAGUUGUAUUAAUUAAUAUCAAUUUUCAUUUUUUAUUAUAAAAUUCAUGCAAUAUUUUCACCGUUAUAUUAAACCACCGAAGCAUACUCUUUUAGUCUUUUGACUAUUGAAAACGAUUUUAAAAAAUACGUAAACUUUAAUAAAAAUAUUAGUAAAUGAUUGUUGGAGGCAUUGAAAAACUUUGUGAUUCAUAAAUAAAAAAAAUUUAAUGAAAAUUUAUUUGCAUUUGAAUGACGUGGUGUCAAAGAUAAUAAUAGGAAGCUACUUAUCAGAAAAAAAAUAAAAUAAGAAUGCGAUAAAAUAUCAUUUUACUGCUGCUAGAUCUGAUGACAAAAUAAAAAAUAAAAAACAAACAUAAUGAAAAUAUAAAAUAAUAAUAAUCGGAGAAUUUAAAUGAAUUAAUAAAAUAUAAAUCAACACAAUUGAUUGUAUGUUAUCAAAAUUAAUUGAGAAUAUUGUGAAAACUUAAAAUUUCACGUUUUUUUUUUUUUAAUUUUAUUAUGUUCUUUAUUGUUAACUUGAUAAAUGACAUUUGUGUAAAAAAAUAUUGUUUAUAGUAGUAAGUUUUUCACUUUGAUUAUUAGUUGUAAUAAAUAUUAAUGUUUCUU